AAAACUCGCCGAGAGGUUUGUGAAUUAUUUUAGGGUUUCGUGGCGUGAUAAAAAAAAAAAAAAAAAGUUGUAGCUGCAAUGGCGGAGGAGAAGGAGACGAAAGGCGAGAAGAAACACAAGUACAGUAUCAUCGUUCCUACCUACAACGAGCGCCUCAACAUCGCUCUUCUUGUCUACCUCAUUUUCAAGCAUCUUCGGGAUGUUGAUUUCGAGAUAAUUGUGGUGGACGACGGGAGCCCUGACGGUACACAGGAAAUUGCCAAGCAACUGCAGACAUUGUAUGGUGAAGACCGCAUCUUGUUAAGACCUAGAGCCAAGAAGCUCGGAUUGGGAACUGCAUAUAUUCAUGGUUUGAAGCAUGCUUCGGGCGAUUUUGUCGUGAUCAUGGAUGCUGAUCUUUCGCAUCACCCAAAGUACUUACCAAGCUUCAUCAAGAAACAACUAGAAACCGGUGCUAGUAUAGUAACGGGAACACGCUAUGUAAAAGGCGGGGGUGUGCAUGGGUGGAAUCUUAUGAGGAAACUCACAAGUAGAGGAGCAAAUGUUCUUGCUCACACUCUUUUAUGGCCUGGUGUAUCUGAUUUGACUGGAUCUUUCCGGCUAUACAAGAAAUCCGUUCUCGAAGACGUCAUUAGCUCGUGCGUGAGCAAAGGGUAUGUCUUUCAGAUGGAGAUGAUUGUACGUGCCACCCGAAAAGGCUACCAUAUCGAAGAGGUUCCGAUAACUUUUGUCGACAGGGUUUUCGGGAGUUCAAAGCUCGGAGGAUCGGAAAUUGUUGAAUAUCUAAAAGGUUUAGUGUAUCUUCUGCUCACAACUUAGAGACUCUGCACCGCAUGGAACUGAGUGUUUUUUUUUGGGUUCAGUUGCUACGUCUUAGAUUCUCUUAACACUUUUACAAACUAUCAUGUCUUGGAGAAAUUUCAGCUUAGCUAAUGUUUUUUAACACAGAAUCUUCCAUCGUGUUCGAAGACAUUAGAUUCAUGUCUUUGGUUUCUGAGCUAUGUGGUUAAAGAAGACAUCCUUGAUUCCUUAUUUAUGGUUUUCUUU